AUGGCAUUUCCUCUUCCGCGGGGCAUUACGCCCUCGGAGAUCGCCUUUCUCGCGGAGAUGGAGAUGGUGACCGUGGUGCCUCGCCAGCGCCUAGAAGGGCUAGAGCUACUUGGAGGCCCGGUUGAGCCUCUCGUUCCACCACGACCGUCAACGCCGCGCGAAUAUUAUCCCCCCGCAUGGCUGCACCCAGAUCCUCUGAGCCUCAUCCUCGAAGUGGAAUCCCAGCAUCAGGACUACAAAAACGCUUUCUCCCCUCCUCUACCACUUCCCGGACAACCAAGUAUUCGAGACAACGGGCUUGCGCCGAAAGCCCGACCUCAAUAUACACCGGAUGGAGAUAGAUACUUUCCCUCGCCACCAUUUUUGCCUCAAAAUACUGCACAGAUGACUAUUUCGUCCCGAGAUCCCCCCGCAUUACCUUUCCAUUGGGUCGAGAUUGGAAACAUGCUGCUCGAAGCGGCAAGUGAUGAUCUGGUUGAGGCAGAUCAGGUUCGACGAUUAUUGAAAGACCUGCGUGAAAUCCGCCUGUCUAAGAUGAGAGCCGGUGUCGAUGCCCUUGAUGCAGCGGCAGUUGGUGGUGGAGGAGUAGCGUUGACAGGCGUCGGAGCAAUGGAAGUGGGCGAAGAGCGAGGGUUCUUGUCUGGAGUAGUAGACAACCUCCGGAAAAUCGGUGCCUCGAAAGAACAAGCUCGACGCGAACAAAUGGCAGAGCAGCGAGCUAAUGGUGGAUACAAUGGCACACAAGAUGAAGAAGAAGAAGAGGACUAUAUGGAGUUCUAG